CGUCGUUCCCCUACUACGGAUCCCAAAGCUUGGCCUUUAACUAUUCGUUGUCGUGAUUUUAACAUUUACACUUUUUCUGUGGAAAUGCAAGAAGAUGCGAUCGAUGUUUUUAAUACAAUACAAAGAUUAACGUGUUCUAUCAAACAAGUUUAUGCAUUUGAACAUAUAUUGGAAGAAAAGCUUUCUUCAUCAGGCGGCUGGUCUGUCUAUGAUGUACUACAAGAAUACGAUCGAAUGGGUAUUGAUAGUUCCUGGAGAUUUUCAAUUGAUGAAAAACUCAUUGAAGCUAUUUUUCGGUCAAAUGUUAAAACUUUGUCUGAAAGAGUGACUCAAACAAAUUUAAUUAUUGAUGCCCGUCCAACAGCUAAUGCAAUGGUCAAUGUAGCGAUGGGUGCUGGAACUGAGAAUGUGGAAAACUACAAAAAUUGUGAAAGAAGAUUCAUGGGUAUUGAUAAUAUUCAUGUAAUGAGAGAAAGUUUAGGGAAAAUGGUUGAAG